GAGGGGUGCUGACGUCACGGUAGUGGGAGGUGCUUCGUGCUCACUAGGCGAAAUUAAUUGCAGUAGCGAAGGCAAUAGAGGUCAUUCUUCGCAGAGACAUUUUGUUUUAUUUACUUUAGUCAGUCUAAGUGUUUUGGGGUGGGCUGUAGCUCCGUAAAGACAACUUGCUCUGUUUGAUCCAGGAAAUUUGUGGAACAAUAUCCACCUAUCCACUUCCUCGUCUAUUCAUUCAGGAUAACCUAGUGGUUCCACCGUCGACUAACCGUCAUUGAUUGAUUUUAUAUCUCUGAGAUAAUUUUUAUCUGUUUAAUUUGUUGAUUAUUUUCAAGAAGAUGGAUUCAAGAGACGGACAGCGACCAGCGUCAUUUACUACGCCCAUACUUGUGCACAAUCCUCACCUGGAUGGAUUGAAAGAUGAUGUUCUCUAUCACUUCAGUCUUGGAACUGAAACCCAUGACCUCCCUGCUAUGUUUGGCGAUGUUAAAUUUGUUUGUGUCGGUGGCAGCCCAUGGAGAAUGAAAUCUUUCAUUGAAUACAUUGCCAGUGUACUUGGGAUGGAGGACCCCAAAGCAGAAUAUCCAAAUAUCUGUGCUGGAACUGACCGUUAUGCUAUGUACAAGAUUGGGCCUGUACUUUCAGUUAGUCAUGGGAUGGGGAUUCCCUCCAUCUCCAUAAUGUUACAUGAGCUAAUAAAGCUACUCCAUCAUGCACGCUGCACUGAUGUUACAAUUUUCCGCAUUGGGACCUCAGGUGGAAUAGGCCUUGAACCAGGCACUGUUGUUGUCACCAAACAGUCGGUUGAUGCAAAUUUUCUGCCAAAGUUUGAGCAGGUGAUACUUGGUAAGACUGUAAUGCGUAACACAGAUCUUGAUCCAGGGCUGGCCCAGGAGUUGCUGGAGUGCAGCAAAGAGUUAAACCAGUUUGACACACAGUUGGGAAACACCAUGUGUACCAUGGACUUUUAUGAAGGUCAAGCCCGUCUGGAUGGUGCUUUCUGCUCGUACACUGAGGAAGAUAAACAAGAAUAUCUCCAUAACGCCCAAAAAGCUGGAGUGUGCAACAUUGAAAUGGAGUCAUCUGUUUUUGCUGCUAUGUGCAAGAUGAGUGGCCUGCGUGCUGCUGUGGUGUGUGUCACAUUCCUGGACCGUCUCAAAGGAGAUCAACUCACGAGCUCUCAUGACAUCCUUAACAAUUACCAACAGCGGCCGCAGAUCCUGGUCGGCCACUACAUCAAGAAACACCUCACCCACAAGAAGGACAGUUAACAGCAAAGUGCAAAUAGUAUAUUCAAAUAUAUUAUAGAUAAAAAGAACUGUGGUGUUUAAAUAUGUUUUUCUUCUGCCUUUCCUUUCACACUGUGGUCUUAAUCCUAUGGCUAUAUUACAGAGGUUUUUAAUAUAAUUAUUAUUGCUCCUCAAAAUAAAAUAUGUAAUAUAUAAUUAUAUUUCUGCUUGCAUGAUGAUGAUGCAUUAUUAUAAUACAUUAUUAUUCAUUUAUUAAACUCUCAGGUUGUUAUAUAAGACUUGUCCUGUCACAGACAAUUAGUUAACCAUAAAAUAUAAAACAAAAAUAAAGGACUGUAAACAUUG